AUGGCUUCAUCAGUCCCAGGUCCAAUACUGCUACCGGAGUCACACUACGAUCUCUCCACGUAUAUGGGGAGAGUUAAACAUUGUGCUGAGAUAUCUGAUCCGAGAAUGCUUUUUGUGACGAAGAAGGAAGUGCAAAGAGCGAAAGCUCUCAUUUGGAAUUAUAAAAACGGUGUUAUAAAACACAUGACACCAGAACUAUGGCAUGCUAAAAGAGUGUUGGAUUCGACAAUCCAUCCAGACACAGGUGAUACAGUUUUUCUUCCAUUUAGAAUGUCGUGUUGUGUUCUUUCAAAUUUAGUCGUGACUGCUGGUAUGUUAAAGCCAGGACUCGGAAAUUGGGGUACCGUGUUUUGGCAGGUUGCAAAUCAAUCAGUGAACGUCGCAAUUAAUACGUCAAACGCAAAUAAGUCGCAUCCACUUACGACAAAGCAACUAGUUACUAGUUAUAUGAUGGCUGUCGGCUCUUCUUGUGGCGUAGCUUUGGGAUUAAACUCCGUUAUUCCAAAGUUAAAGCGCUUGAAGCCACAGACACGUCUAAUAUUGGGAAGACUAGUUCCAUUUGCUGCUGUUGUUGCUGCAGGAAUAGUCAAUGUUUUUAUGAUGAGAGGAGAGGAAAUAAGAAGAGGUAUUUCAGUGUACGAUGAUGAUGGCAGAGACUUAGGUUCAUCCAAAAAGGCAGCUUUUGAAGCUGUUGGAGAGACGGCUGCUUCAAGAGUCAUUAAUGCUACCCCAAUUAUGGUUAUUCCACCAUUGCUUCUUGUCAGAUUACAGAGAGGAUUUUUACGUGGUAGAGGCUUAAUGGCGGAAACUGCAACCAAUCUUGGGUUAAUUGCAUUGACAUCAUUUGCAGUGCUUCCAUUUGCAUUAGCAGUCUUUCCUCAAAAAAGGACAAUAUCUACUGAUAGACUAGAGGAUAAAUUUCAUGACUUGAAGGAUAAAGAUGGAAACUUGAUCACCAAAGUGAUAUUCAAUAGAGGUUUAUGA